CCCUCUGUUCUGGGAGCCUCGGGGCGCCUUGGGGGUUUAGGGACGGAGGCCGGCACAGGCACUUUGGGGGGAGUCUCUAAGUUCGUGUGCAUUCCGAGGGCGUGUUGGAUGCUGUGUGCGCGUGGCAUCUGUGCUAAGGGUUCGGGUGGCGGAGUGUGAGUGCACCUCCUCUGUGUCCGGGCCAGUGUGCGCGUGUACAGUGGUGGCCUAACUGUAGGGGAGGGGUUCUCGAAAAGUGGGGGCCCGGGUAGUUGUCCUGGCAUCAGCGGCAUCAGCGGGAGGCUCCUGUGGAACCGGGAUGUCCCGACCGUCGUGGUCUGUGGGGGAACCGAGUGUGUGUCGGGGAUGGCUAUGUGCUCGGGUCUGUUGUGCGUCCUCUGUGGAUCCGUGCUGAUGGGCUGUGCAAACUUUCUGGGGAUGUCUGGGCGUUGUGUGUCCCCGUUGCUGUGAGCGUGUGUGCUGUGAGACAGGGUAGCGUGUCUGUGUUGCGCGCCUCUAGAUUGUGUGUCCCUGCUGCCGCUGCUUUGUGUGGGUGUGUAUUUUGAGCCUCGGGACUCCCCUUUCCUCUCCGGGCCUCCCUUCCAAGGGGCCCAAGUCCCUGUCCUUGGCUGCCCCGGGGCAGGGGGUGUACUGCUUCAGCCAGCCCCCCUCCCCCAAAAGCCACUAAUUGAAGCCAGGUUUUUGCGGGCUGCCCCUCCCCCUCUGGCCACCAGUCUCUGGGUGGGGGUGGGGCAGCGGCUCAGGCCCCUCAGCCUCAGGUCGGGGCCCAAGGGGUGGAUUUGCAUCAUCUGCGUAUUCCCCACCUCUGCUGGGGCCACGGCCUUCAAAACCACCAACCCUGAGUGACGUGGGCUCUGGAGGGAGGCCCUGCUCCAAGCUGGGGGUCCCGGCACAGUCCUGAGGUGCCCCCUAGUUGGUCCCCACUCCUCACCUGGCACUGCGGCUUCCUGUCCUAACAUUGGUCCAGGGGCGGGGCCCUUAGCCCCAUGGCACAGAUGUGGAAGCCGAGGCCCUCAGAGGGGACGUGCUGAGCCCAGACACGGCUGUGCCCUGAAGUCCCCUGGGCCCGUCAGACCUGCUCUCCGCCCGCGCUCUGCUGCCCCAGGUUGGGUGACCCCCGGGGCAGGCCAUUCCCAGUCACGGGCCUGAGGCUCCCCUGAGGCUCCCCUCUGGUAAAAUGAGAGGGGUUGGCCUGAGCCCGCUCCCGGGGGGGCCUUCGGGCUUCUGAGCCCUGGAAGAACCUAGGGCUUGGGGAACUAGGCUAACGUCUCCCAGAAGGAGUGGGGCCAGCUGGCGGGAGGCUGACCGCUUCGGGGCUGUCCGGGCCAUUGGGCCUGGGGUACACAGGGGAAAUUGAGGCCCAGAGAGGGCAGGGGCUCAUCAUUGCUUUUCAGGCCCAGCCGGCUCCCCCACACUUGUCCUGCACCUUUCCCGGGGAGCCCCGCUGAGGGCUGUGGGGGCACCUGAGAGUCGGGGCCUCGGCCUCUAAGAGCCAGCGAUCAUUUGUGUGGCCUCUUUCCUUAACCUCUGUCCCUGACCCCAGGGCUGCGGGGAGAAGGCGGCCCUCCCCUCUGUCCUGCUCGUUGCUGGGCGUGUGUGUGUGUGUGUGUGUGUGUGUGUGUGUGUGUGUCUCUGUGUAUCUGUUUCCGUGUAUCUGGGUGUCUGUGUGUGUCUGUGUGUGUGUCUCUGUGUAUCUGUGUGUGUGUGUGUGUGCACGCACACGCGCGUGUGUAUGCUCCCCGGAUUCCUGGGUGGUCAGGGUUGAGAUUUCACUUAACAGGGUGAAAAAGCUGGUCAUUUCCCGAGGCGGGGCCGCAAGGAGCCGGUUCGUGGAGGUCUCGCCAACAUGGUUUCUGCGGUGGCCCCCAGGCUGGCCGUGUCCCUGCUGCUGCUCCUCAGGGCCCUGCCCGCCGCGGCCUACUCCAUGCCCCUGCGGGCCGCCUCCCUGGAGGACGCGGGGGGCAGCGGGGACGCCGAGGGCUCGUCGGCCUCCUCCCCAAGCCCCCCGCCGCCCCGGACCCCGGCGCUCAGCCCCACAUCGGUGGGAGCCCAGCCCACGCCCCUGGCGGGCCCCAAGCCCCCCACCAACUUCCUGGACGGGAUCGUGGACUUCUUCCGCCAGUACGUGAUGCUCAUCGCCGUGGUGGGCUCCCUGGCGUUCCUGCUGAUGUUCAUCGUCUGCGCUGCCCUCAUCACCCGCCAGAAGCACAAGGCCUCGGCCUACUACCCGUCAUCUUUCCCCAAGAAGAAGUACGUGGACCAGAGUGACCGGGCGGGGGGCCCGCGGGCCUUCAGCGAGGUCCCCGACCGGGCUCCCGACGGCCGGCCCGAGGAGGCCCUGGAUUCGUCCCAGCAGCUCCAGGCUGACAUCCUCGCGGCCACCCAGAACCUCAGGUCCCCCACCCGGGCUGCCCUGGGCGGCGGGGACGGAGCCAGGCUGGACGGCAGGUCGGAGGGGGACGAGAGCGGCGGCCGGGAGGUGGACCAGGAAGCCCGGGGACGCGGGAGCCCGGCCGAGAAGCCAGCCGCGCCGGCCGAGCCCUGCCCCGCGGGGGCGGAGGGGGCCCUGGAGGCCGACCCCGGCCCGGGCCCAGGCGAGCCGGAGUCGGCCCCUUCGCUGGCCCAGGAAGCCAGGGGACCAGCUGACCCCCCCGAAAGCCCCUGUGCUUGCAGUGUCGCCCCCAAGGUCUAACAGGCCUCGGGGGCUCUGGCCCGGACUGUCCGACCCCUAGUGGUCACCUCCAUGGGGGUGGAAAGGCCCCUGACCCUUCCCGCUCCCGACACCCCCUCCUCGGCCACCCCCUGCUGCCAAUGCCCGUGCGUCCCGGCCCUGCAGCGGGCAGAGAUGCUGGUCUCCAGUCUACCCCAGGAAUCACCCCAGGUACCAGGGACACCCGCCCCUGCGGCCUCAGAGGGCUGCAUCCCAAACAGCCUCUCUGGGGUGGGGGCGGAUGGGAAGGAUCCUCGCUGUAUUCGUGAUAACACACCCCACGAAAUCAGCCACGUCAUCUGGGCAACGUAUGUCACAGGCCCCCUGUGAUGGUGCCAACGCUGCCGCUCUUCCACGGAGGUAGGAGAGAGAAAUUAGGAUAGCGAGGAGUUUUGGACGAGGGUGAACAGGACGAGUCAGAGGCCCCGGGAGGGGCGUCACUAGAGCUACUGCAGAAGCGGGCCUGUGAAUCAGGAAGCUUCCAAGGGGCCUGUGCACGCCUCAUGACGCAUCCCUAAGUGAGCGUUUCCAAGGCUGAGUUCCCUGGGGUACUCCAUGGGAAAAGGAUUUUGGGGUCCAAUGAGUUGAGGAAACGCUGCCUCUCCGCUCCCUGCACCCUCCCUCCCCUUAGAGCACCCCAGGGCUCUGCAAAUACUCCAGGAAAGGCCCCGCGCACAAUCUGAUUUGGCUUGAUCUAUCGCAAACUGCUUUUGACCACAGGGUACUUUUUUUUUCUUUUUUUUUUUUACAGCUACAGAAUAAAAACUUGCAGAGCACACUCUGGAAAAUUACUGCCCCAAAUGUUCGUGAAGGCGCCCCCUAGUUGGGGUUGGGGGUGUGGGGCCUGGGGGCCUCAGCCUGCUUAAGUUCUUCCAAGCAUCUCUGCCUGGGAAGGAAUUUCUCAUCCCAUUAUUGCUACGGGCAUGGGGGUGAAUGAAUUGAGCCUUUCUUAUCAGGCCCCCAAAGCAGCCCAGAAACUGGGGGUCUGUAUGUGAGAGGGCCCCACUCUGGGGGAGUCUGAGGGGGUAGGGGAGGGCUUCUAACACCCAGCCUGGAGCUGUGGGGCCCUGGCCCCCCCACCCUUUGCUCAUAUGCGUUGUCUGGCAGCCUGUGCUCACAGCAUUCUUUAGCCUUUGACAAGGGAGCCUGAGCUCCGUCUUGAUUUGGGGAGGCUCUGGAGGGUCCUCCUCCUCACCCCUCCAUCUGGGCCCCUCCCCCAACCUCUGCACAAUUUUUAGGUGCUGAGAUAUAGCAAACCAGCACAAUAAACCUUUAUUCUGGCCUGA